UCACGUCAUUGGAAAGGGAGGCGAGCGGUUUGCCCCGGUGGUCGAAGCCUAACGGCUGGUGGGAGUGCGUGCGCUGUAAGGGGUGGACGACGAUGGGGUCUGUGGAGCCAGACUGCUGCUAAAGACAAUUUGAAAGCUUUCGACUUAAGCUCAUGGGAAUUCCCUUGUAUCACAGAAAUGAGUCUUCAACUCCCUCUUAAGUGAAGUAUACUCUUUCCAUAGGUUGCUCAUCCAUCUACAAUGGCUGUGAGAUUGGUUAACCCGUUGAAACAAUCUCAAUUCUUCCUAAAAAGAACUUGCUAUUUGAGCUCCCCUCUUGGAUAUGUUCAGCAACUCAGGAUCAGGCACCUUGGCUGCUAUCAGGGAGAUUCUGCAUGCAGCCCAUUUAAAAACAGAGGCAGAAAACCUCGAGACUAUUGUUUAGCGACAUGCCAUAUAAUAUGGAAAGAGACAAUUUUUACACAAAUGGUACAUCAUCAAUCCUUGUGUUAUGCACAGUUUGCAAGCACAAGGAGCCGGGUUUAUUCCACCGCAGCACGCGAGAGUAAAGUAGCUGUGAAACAGAAAGUACAAUCACCCAAAAGACCACUCAAAGGGCCUCGGACCAAACAACCAUCCAGGACCAAUCAGCCAGGAAUCGCAGAUGUACAGGAUCUGCUGAAAUGUACAGCUUUCGCAACAGCAGAUGAGUAUCAUCUGGAGAAUCUUUGCAGUGAUCUGUUGUCCGCUGGUUUUCAUGAAAUAACAGACUUACCCAGAGAUGCUUCAAAUGUCCUGGUAAUUGGAACUGAAAUGCUGGCCAAGGCAAAUGAUUAUGGAUUAAUUUUCCUUUUCAGGGAGGGCUCUGUUGUCUUUUGGAAUGUGGAAGAUAAAACAGUGAAACGCAUCAUGCAAAUCUUGGAGCCACAUGAAAUCCAGCCAUAUGAAAUUGCUUUGGUCCACUGGGAAAAUGAGGAAGUCAACUACCGGAUUUCGGACGGACAUUCAAAGCUGCAUCGAGGAGAAAUUUUAUUGAAUUCCAGCCUUGACUCUGGUGAAUCUAUUUUGGAAAAGUUUGCGUUUUCAAAUGCACUUUCCUUGUCAGUGAAACUUGCCAUUUGGGAGGUGUCACUUGAUAAUUUUGUUGAGUCCAUUCAGUUUAUUCCUGAGAUGCUGAAAGCUGGAAAACAGGUGAAACUUUCACGAUCAGAAGUUAUGCAGAAAAUUGGUCAACUAUUUGCCUUGAGACAUCGUAUCAACUUGAGUUCAGAUCUCUUGAUGACACCUGACUUUUACUGGGACAGAGAGCACCUAGAACAACUCUAUGACAAAACCUGCCAGUUUCUGAACAUCAACCGGCGUGUAAAGGUGAUUAAUGAAAAGCUACAGCACUGUACAGAACUUACUGACUUGAUGCGAAACCACCUCAGUGAGAAACAUGGUCUGCGGCUCGAGUGGAUGAUCGUGAUCCUCAUUUCCAUUGAGGUAUUAUUUGAACUUGCUCGUGUUAUUUUCUAAAACUGAUUGGAGAUCAUCUGGAGGACAGUAGCCAUAACUUCAAGUGGGACAUGAAAAAUAUCUUCCAGAAGGCUUCUGUACUCAUUUCAACAUCCUGAGGAAUGCCUGCAUUUUGUGCAGCUCAAUUCUUGUCAAAACUACAGUUUAUUCUCACAACCACAGCAUUUAUAAUAGAUUUUAUCAUUAAAUUAGUGGUGCAUUUGAUUUUAUUUCAUUGUGGAAUAUCUAUAUAUACCGGUGAUUCCCUGCAUUAUUUUUGUGAUGAACUCUAUAAUGAAGUAAAAUCUGCUGUGAAAAUUUUUGGGUAGCAAUAUGUGCAUUCUGGAAGGAUGAGUUUUUAUAAGCUGAAAGAGAUUGCCUUCUGUAAUUAUUGCUUGUGAAAACUGCUGUAAUUUUUGUUUUUGCAGUAUUUAGAAUCAUGUAAGAUGCAAGACUGAUUAAACUUGAAUCUGUAGUAGCUUAUUACCUCAGAUGUUUGAGACUGGUAUUAUCAAAAGAAAGACAUUUUCUGGGUCUUUCACAGAAGUGAAACAUAGUAGCUAACACAUAUCCAUGUUAUUUAAGAUCUUGGAAUGCAACCUCACUCAAAGCUGACAUAAAUGUCGUCCAAAUAAUUUAACAAGUAUUUGUAUAGGGUUCAAAUCAUCAGUAAAAUCACUGGGAAGUGAAUCCAGAAUUCAACAUGACUUAUUUUCUAGUAACAGAAAAUCUAUCAGAAUGACACUAUUGAAAUCAAACACCAAUUUAUUACGUGUCUUUCUUGAGCCAAUCUGAAAUGUGACAAACUAUACUUUACAGGAUAUUUGAUCACUUUUUACUUGUUUAUUUAUAAUCUUCCUGUAAUAGAAUUGCUAUCAAACCAAGAACCUACAGUAUGUUCCAAGGCAAACAAGUUUAGCUUGAAUGGAUUCUGAAAAUGUUUUCUUCUGAAGCAGAAGAAUUUUACUAACUUUAUUUGUUAAUAGUUCAUAAGCAAAGUUUGAAGCUUAAUAACUGCCACCUGUUAUAGGAACAUCCCUUUCAUAUCAUAGGCCAAAGGUCAUUUUACAUGAACUGGAAGCUAGUGUGUUAAUUUGAACUAUGCAUAAUAAUGUUUUCCAUGAAAAAUAAAUGAUUGAAUAAAGCUAGGCUAUAUUCAAUGCAACUGUCCUGAAGCAAAUUCAUACCAGGCAAAACUGGAAACAAAUGCACACUAUUGUCGUGGUGUAUCUGGAUUGUCACAAAUCUUUGAUAAGUGUGACAUGCUUGAGGGACAUGACCAUGACUAUAAGACAGACUGUCAAAAGACAAAGAAAGACACGACAACUACCAUGCAUCUGAGAGGAUUCCUUGAUUUUCCUCUGGUUCAGAACUUACUUGGAAUUAAAACUUUCCUGUACUGGAAUUAUUUAAAAUACUUCGCACAUUUACUUGGGGUACAAAAUAAAUUGAGAAAUAUGCACUGUUUGCCUCGUUUUCUAUAAAACUUUGUGUGCCUUCUCUCCCAAUGCUGAAUUCGAAACAGAUGUUCACUAUUUCUGGUGAAAUGAUAACAUCAGAGCAAGGGUGAGAGAGGGCAUUUAAAGAAUCUCUAACACUGUUAAUCAUGCUUUUUCAUACCUGCAGAAAGCUAUAAUGUCAUAAAAUCAGAAAGUGAUGGAGUUGCUCAGCAGAUCAGGCAGCAUUUAUGAAGGGAAACAUUCAGGUUGACUACCUUGCACGUUGAAUCUUGCUUGUGAGUGGGACGGCUAAGGAUUUCCAGAGCGAAGGCGUUUUACUACUCGAGGUAAAAGAGAGGCAAGACUACACAGGCGCGUGACGUCAGCCAGUAGAGGGGGAAAAGUUUAAAAAAAAGACUGCCAUAUCCAGUGGGCAGCGGAGUGAGAGGUAGCAGAGUGAUGGGGCUUUGGCUUAAUGGGCUUAGGCGGUAACGAGGCGAGGUAGGUCUACCUGUGUUAAUUGCGGAAAGGAAGUAGUAUGUCUGUGAGGCCGGUUUUCUGUGCUUGGCGUCAGAUGUGGAAGGUCCUGGAGUCUCCCAGCCUCCUGGAUGGCCAUAUCUGUACCCGGUGUGUCGAGCUGCAGCUCCUAAGAGACUGCAUUAGGGAACUGGAGAUGCAGUUUGAUGACCUUUGUCUGGUCAGGGAGAGCGAGGAGGUGAAAGAGGGGAGUUAUAGGCAGGCGGUCACACUGGGGCCACGGGAGACAGACAAUUGGGUCACAGUCAGGAGGGGCAAGGGGAAGAGUCAGGUACUAGACAGUACCCCUGUAGCUGUACCCCUUGACAAUAAGUACUCUUGUUUGAGUACUGUUGGGGGGGACAGCCUACCUGAGGGAAGCAACAGUGGCCGUGCCUCUGGCACAGAGUCCAGCCCUGUGGCUCAGAAGGGUAGGGAAAGGAAGAGGAAGGCAGUAGUGAUAAGGGACUCUAUAGUUAGGGAGUCAGACAGGCAAUUCUGCGGACACAGGAAAGAAACUUGGAUGGUAGUUUGCCUCCCAGGUGCCAGGGUCCAGGAUGUUUCAGAUCACGUCCAAGAUAUCCUGCAGUGGGAGGGAGAACAGCCAGAGGUCGUGACAUAUUCGUACCAAUGCCAUAGGUAGGAAAAGGGAAGAGGUCCUGAAAAAAGACUACAGGGAGUUAGGAAGGAAGUUGAGAAGCAGGACCACAAAGGUAGUAAUCUCGGGAUUACUGCCUGUGCCACGCGACAGUGAGUAUAGGAAUAGAAUGAGGUGGAGGAUAAAUGUGUGGCUAAGGGAUUGGAGCAGGGAGCAGGGAUUCAGAUUUCUGGAUCAUUGAGACCUCUUUUGGGGCAGGUGUGACCUGUACAAAAAGGACGGGUUGCACUUGAAUCCCAGGGGGACCAAUAUCCUGGCGGGGAGGUUUGCUAAGGCUACUGGAGAGAGUUUAAACUAGAAUUGUUGGGGGGUGGGAACUGAACUGAAGAGACUGGGGAAAAGGAGGUUAGCUCACAAAUAGAGAAAGAUUGGAGACAGUGUGUGAGGGAGGAUAGGCAGGAGUUUGUUAGGUGUGGUCAGCAAGGUUUCUUGACACAACAUGUACAUAACCCUACAAGAGGAGAGACUGUACUUGAUUUGGUAUUGGGAAAUGAACCUGGCCAGGUGUCAGAUCUCUCAGUGGGAGAGCAUUUUGGAGAUAGUGAUCAUAAUUCUAUCUCCUUUACAAUAGCAUUGGAGAGAGAGAGGAACAGACAAGUUAGAAAAGCAUUUAAUUGGAGUAAAGGGAAUUAUGAGGCUAUCCGGCAGGAAAUUGGAAGUUUAAAUUGGGAACAGAUGUUCUCAGGGAAAAGUAUGGAAGAAAUGUGGCAAAUGUUCAGGGGAUAUUUGUGUGGAGUUCUGCAUAGGUACGUUCCAAUGAGACAGGGAAGUUAUGGUAAGGUACAGGAACCGUGGUGUACAAAGGCUGUAAGAAAAGAAAAGCUUACAAAUGGUUCAGAGAGCUAGGUAAUGUUAAAGAUCUAGAAGAUUAUAAGGCUAACAGGAAGAAGCUUAAAAAGGAAAUUAUGAGAGCCAGAAGGAGCCAUGAGAAGGCCUUGGUGGACAGGAUUAAGGAAAACCCCAAGGCAUACUACAAGUAUGUGAGAGCAAGAGGAUAAGAUGUGAAAGAAUAGGACCAAUCAAGUGUGUAUGGAACCAGAGGAAAUAGCAGAAGUACUUAAUGAAUACUUUACUUCAGUAUUCACUAUGGAAAAGGAUCUUGGUGUUUGUAGUGCUGACUUGCAGCAGACUGAAAGCUUAAGCACGUAGAUAUUAAGAAAGAGGAUGUACUGGGGCUUUUGGAAAGCAUCAAGUUGGAUAAGUUGCCAGGACCAGAUGAGAUGUACCCCAGGCUACUGUGGGAGGCGAGGGAGGAGAUUGCUGAGCCUCUGGUGAUGAUCUUUGAAUCAUCAAUGGGGACGGGAGAGGUUCUGGAGGAUUGGAGGGUUGCGGAUGUUGUUUCUUUAUUCAAGAAAGAGAGUAGAGAUAGCCCAGGAAAUUAUAGACCAGUGAGUCUUACUUCAUUGAUUGGUAAGUUGAUGGAAAAGAUCCUGAGAGGCAGGAUUGAUGAACAUUUGGAGAGGUAUAAUAUGAUUAGGAAUAGUCAGCAUAGCUUUGUCAAGGGCAGGUCGUGCCUUACAAGCCUGAUUGAUUUUUUUGAGGAUGUGAAAACACAUUGAUGAAGGUAGAGCAGUAGAUGUAAUGUAUAUGGAUUUCAGCAAUGCAUUUGAUAAGGAACCCUAUGCAAGGCUUAUUAAGAAAGUAAGGAGGCAUGGGAUCCAAGGGGACAUUGCUUUAUGGAUCCAGAACUGGCUUGCCCACAGAAGGCAAACAGUGGUUGUAGACGGGUCAUAUUCUGCAUGGAGGUCGGUGACCAGUGGUGUGCCUCAGUGAUCUGGGACCCUUACUCUUCGUGAUUUUUAUAAAUGACCUGGAUGAGGAAGUGGAGGGAUGGGUUAGUAAGUUUGCUGAUGACACAAAGGUUGGAGGUGUUAUGGAGAGUGUGGAGGGCUGUCAGAGGUUACAGUGGGACAUUGAUAGGAUGCAAAACUGGGCUGAGAAGUGGCAGAUGGAGUUCAACCCAGAUAAGUGUGAGGAGGUUCAUUUUGGUAGGUCAAAUAUGAUGGCAGAAUAUAAUAUUACUGGUAAGACUCUUGGCAGUGUGGAGGAUCAGCGUGGAGUCCGAGUCCAUAGGACGCUCAAAGCAGCUGCGCAGGUUGACUCUGCAGUUAAGAAGGCAUACGGUGUAUUGGCCUUCAUUAAUCGUGGAAUUGAAUUUAGGAGCCAAGAGGUAAUGUUGCAGCUAUAUAGGACCCUGGUCAGACCCCACUUGGAGUACCGUGCUCAGUUCUGGUCGCCUCACUACAGGAAGGAUGUGGAAACCAUAGAAAGGGUGCAGAGGAGAUUUACAAGGAUGUUGCCUGGAUUGGGGAACAUGUCUUAUGAAAACAGGUUGAGUGAACUCAGCCUUUUCUCCUUGGAGCGACGUAAGAUGAAUGGUGACCUGAUAGAGGUGUAUAAGAUGAUGUGAGGGAUUGAUCGUGUGGAUAGUCAGAGGUUUUUUCCCAGCGCUGAAAUGGUUGCCACAAGAGGACACAGGUUUAAGGUGCUGGGGAGUAGGUACAGAGGAGAAGUCAAGGGUAAGUUUUUUACUCAGAGAGUGGUGAGUGCGUGGAAUGGGCUGCUGGCAACGGUGGUGGAGGCGGAUACGAUAGGGUCUUUUAAGAGACUUUUGGAGAGGUACAUGGAGCUUAGAAAAAUAGAGGGCUAUGAGUAACCAUAGCAAUUUCUAAGGUAGGGACUUGUUUGGCACAACUUUGUGGGCUGAAAGGCCUGUAUUGUGCUGUACGUUUUCUAUGUUUCUCUCCACAGGUGCUGUUGGAUCUGCUGAGUAUCUCAGAAAUUUUUACUUUUAUUUUGGAUUUCCAGCAACUUCAGCUUUUUUUUUAAUCUCUUUUUGAUUACUGUAUUCUAUUAUGAUAUUGCACGAUGAAUCGUUUGGUUUGACUGUGGUGGUUCACAAAUCAUUCCAAAACUAUAUUUGUACUCAGUAACUGGAAAUUUCCCUGCAUAUUAAACUUUUACAGCUCUGACAUGUUCUUUGACUUGAUUCUAUGUAGAAUUUGUUUGUUUCCUGCUGUGGUCAUGUGGGUUCCUCCUGGGUGUUCUGUCACUUCCAACAAUGUGCAGGUUGAUAGGUAAUGUAGCCCCUGUCAAUUGCUCCUAAAAUCUGGGAAGUUGAUGAAAAUUAAAAUGGAUUUCGUAUAUAAAGGGUGAAAAUAGAUACUGGAUGGUUGACCUGCAUGUCAUGGGCCAAAGGGCUUGUUUACAAGCUAUAUGACUCUUUAAGAUCACCUCUAUAUACAUGUACUUGUGCAUAUGACAAUAAA